UUUGUUCUUUCUUUUUUUUUUUUUUCCUUUUGCAUAAAACAAAGCCUUCCCUCUUUCUCCCUUUCUCUCUCUUUUCCUUCUCGCACUUUUUCUCCCGUUCUCCCUUUGUCUCUCUCUCUCUCUCUCUCUCUGCGUGUCCCCCUCUCUUCCUUUCAUUCGCCAUAAUGCAAUCCAUCAAAUGUGUUGUUGUCGGCGAUGGCGCUGUUGGUAAAACGUGUUUGCUGAUCUCAUAUACUACAAACGCUUUUCCUGGCGAAUAUAUCCCUACAGUAUUCGACAACUACUCGGCCAAUGUCAUGGUGGACGGCAAACCGAUCAAUAUGGGGUUAUGGGAUACUGCCGGUCAAGAAGACUAUGAUCGUCUGCGCCCACUUUCUUAUCCACAAACCGACGUGUUUCUUGUAUGCUUUUCGCUCGUCAGUCCACCCUCUUUUGAAAAUGUUCGAACAAAGUGGUACCCAGAGAUCAGCCAUCAUGCACCCCGUAUACCCAUAAUCCUUGUCGGCACAAAACUCGAUUUGAGAGAGGACCGUCAGACGAUCGAAAAACUGCGUGAAAAGCGAAUGGUACCGUUGACGUAUACUCAGAGCUUACAGAUGGCAAAGGAUAUCGGUGCAGUAAAGUACUUGGAGUGUUCGGCUUUGACGCAAAAGGGAUUAAAGAACGUAUUUGAUGAAGCCAUCCGUGCGGUCUUGUCACCGCCGCCUCGAAAGAAAGAAAAAAGACCCUGUAUGAUCCUCUAAUUAAAAUUGUCCCCACGAAACUACUGUAUAUCUGUCUCCCGUCGAUCCUUCUGUUACCCGUACCUCUUUACCACAAAUACCAGUCAACAUCUCCUCCACCUUUCUUAUCUUCGUAUAGCUUUCUUAUUAAAUAUAUAAAAUUUACCCUCUACUGUGG